AUGGCUGUUGAUGGAAGUAAUAAAGAUAAAGAACAAGGUUUUACAGAUGUCAUUACAUCGCCAUGGUUAUAUCUAACUUCAUCAUGUUCGUUCAAUGUUCGACUAUCGUUUCAAUUUAAUAUUGAAAAUGAACAAGAUGAAAUUGAAGUUUUUCUCACUAAAAAAGAUGAAACGCAAGCAGCAUCCGUAGGUCUAUGGCCAGCUUUAAACUCUAGGACUUAUAAUUCCUCCGGUGAUAUUGGAUCAUUUUGGCAACAAGCAAAUGUUUCAUUCAAAGCAGCUGAAGAAUUUCGAAUUGAAAUUGAAAUCAGACAUUCACCAGACGAGAGAACUGACUCUACAACUUGGUUUGCUAUUGAUGAUAUUCUAAUUGAAAAUUGUCCAAUCGUUCGAACAACUACUACACGUAAAAUUGACCCUUCGCUUCUAGCAACACGAUCAUGGCCUAUCCGAUCGUAUUUCAAAAUCGAUAAUUCUUCAUUAUUACGUCGUUCAUUUGUUCGCUUUCGUUGGAAAUUCAAUGAUACAUCACCUACUUCUUCUCUCGAAGAAUCAUUAACUCCUCGUUUUACACUCCUUUCAUUUAUUCUUUAUAUUCUAUGUGCACUCGUUGGAUUAUCAUUGUUGAUUAUUCUUCUCGCUAUUAUAAUAUUCACUUAUCGUAAAUAUUGUCUGCCAAAAACAGUAUCAAUUACACCAAUGAUUGAUCAUCGACAUCGUUCAGGUAGCAAGAGAAUCCCAACUCGUAUGGGCGGUGUACAUAAUAGUUAUGUUGAUCAAGAUGCUCGCACAGAAAGAACUAUGGUAACAACUGUUAGACCGUGCUAUUAA